GGACACAAGCUGUAACAUAGUCAUCAGCAAUGAACCAUUAUUCAGCAGAAAGCCCAUCAUAUUCAACCCAGACUUCUUUGUAGAGAAACUUCGCCAUGAGAAGCCAGAGGUGUUUUUGGAACUGGUUGUGAGCAACCUAACACGUCUCAUCGACCUUCCUGGAACUGAGUUUGCCCAGCUGAUUGGUGAGGAGGAGCCCUGUUUACCAAGCAGCACCAGUUCCAGUUUCUUCCGCUCAUUUAACUUCCUGAAACGUAAAGAGAAGGGAGUUGUGUUUGGAGCUCCACUAACAGAAGAAGGAAUUGCUCAGGUUUAUCAGCUGAUCGAAUAUCUCUACAAAAAUCUCCAUGUGGAGGGUCUUUUUCGUAUUCCUGGGAACAGUAUGCGACUGCAGUGCCUGAAAGAAACUUUAAACAGCGGAGUAGAUGUAGAUCUGAAUUCUGGAGAGUUUCAUCCAAAUGACGUAGCAACUUUAUUGAAAAUGUUCCUUGGAGAAUUACCAGAACCUCUGCUCAGUCAUAGACAUUAUAAUGCUCAUCUCAAAAUAGCAG